AUGAAUCGAAGGAGAACAUCAGUGGAUCAAAAAUCACAAAUAAUCGGCAUGCGUAAUGCAGGAAUGACGUUCAAAGCCAUCGGCCGACAGCUGGGAUACCACUACACAGUAAUUAGCAGACUCGUCAGGAAACAUGCCGUAACCAACUCGGUGAAGGAUUUGCCACGGUCAGGUAGACCUCGUGUGACAUCAAACCGUGAAGACGUAGCACUGGGUCGGCUGGUACAGCGUCUACCGUUUGCAACAAGCACGGCGCUGAAACGUGAGUGGCUGCCCAAUCGCCAGCUGUCUACAAGAACAGUGAGGAACCGCCUCAAACUGUUGGGUUUGUCAUCAAGCGACCCUUACUGUCAGAACGACACAAACGCUUACGUUUGGCAUGGUGUUUAG